AUGGCGCCAUCAGCAGUGUCACCUCCUUCAAGCAUCAUCGGCAUCACGAAGCCCACCCUCUACCUCCUAGACACUUUUCAUCCUGCUGCUAUUGAGAGGGCUCGCGAACUAUUCACCGUCAUCCUCCCAUCAGACCCUGAGUUCACUGACUGGCAGCAACAUGCCAAGUACCUCCUCAUCCGCGCCUCGUCCUUGACGGCCGCCCAAAUCGAAUCAGCGCCACAUCUCCUGGCCAUCGGCAAACAAGGUGUUGGCACGGAUCGGAUUGAUGCGGCGGCCUGUGCCGCCCGUGGCAUUAAAAUCUUCAACACGCCGGGCGUAAACUCCGGAGCCGUGGCGGAACUCGUGCUGUCCCUCACGAUGUCUCUGGCACGACAGAUACGGCCCAUCAGUGUCCGCAUCGCGCGAGGUGAAGUGGUGCGCAAGGAGGAAUGCGACGGGCUGAUUCUCCACAAGUGCACGCUGGGCCUUGUGGGCAUGGGCAACAUUGGGAGGAAGGUCGCCGAGAUCUUCCGGGGAGCCUUUCAAAGCGAAAUUGUCGCUUUCGACCCGUACAUGGGUGCCGGGGCGUGGCCCGAUCUCCCUCACAAGCGGGUGACCAAGUUGGAAGAUCUACUGAAGGUGUCGGACGUGGUCAGUCUGCAUGUCCCCUUGACGUCCGAGACGCGGGGGCUCUUGUCGUACGAACAGCUGGCGAUGAUGAAGAGGUCGGCGCUACUGAUAAACGCCGCCAGAGGGGGUAUCGUGGACGAAGCCGACCUCGAGAGAGCGCUUGCCGACGGACUUAUCUGGGGUGCCGGUUUGGACUGCCACGAACAAGAGCCACCCACACCAGAGAGAUACGAGAAACUGUGGCAGCAUACCAAUGUCAUCAGUCUGCCGCACAUUGGUGCGGCCACCUCUCAGACUCAGAGGGAAACGGCCACGGCCGCAGUCGAGAAUCUUUAUGCUUAUGUAAAGCAAAGGGAGGAAGCGACGGUCAACGAGGUGCCUUGA